UUCCAUUUGAACGAGAUCUAUCAAUACGAUGGGUGCCGAAACUCGCAGUCCUACCGAAGCUGAGGAGGACGCGCCAACAACAAGUGGCAUUUCCUCAACUCCAGGACAAACACAACGACUGCGAGAGCUGGCGACAACAGACAGACAGCUGACUUUGGAGGAGAGAUGGGAGCUCGCAUGUAGCGUUGGCAUAGAGUGCAUACAACCCGAAGAGCUGAAAAAUUUGCUCGACAAAAAACCCAAUCCUGUAGCAUACGAUGGCUUUGAGCCCUCAGGACGCAUGCACAUUGCACAGGGAGUCAUGAAAGCCCUCAAUGUCAACAAGCUCACUCGAUGUGGAGUCAUCUUCAAGUUCUGGGUAGCAGACAUCUUUGCACAGAUGAACAACAAGCUCGGCGGGGACAUCGAAAAGAUCCGCACCACUGGGCGCUACUUUGUGGAGAUCUGGAAGGCCAUUGGCAUGGAAGGCAUUGGCGAGAAGGUACUAUUUCUCAACGCGGGCGAGGAGAUUGCAAAGCAUGCGCGCGAGUACAAUGACAUGCUGGUGGAUGUUAUGGACAGCUUCACGCAGGACCGCAUUCUGCGCUGCACGCAGAUCAUGGGCCGGAGCGAGACGGAUGACCUGAGCCCUGCGCAGAUCAUCUACCCCUGCAUGCAGUGCACUGACAUCUUCUUCCUCAAGGCGGACAUCUGCCAGCUGGGCCUGGACCAACGCAAGGUUAAUGUGCUGGCGCGCGAGUACUGCACCAAGAUCAAGCGCAAGCUCAAGCCUGUCAUCCUCUCCCAUGAGAUGCUCCCAGGGCUGCUCGAGGGUCAGGAGAAGAUGUCAAAGAGCGACCCCAACUCUGCGAUAUUCAUGGAGGACAGCGCGGCUGAUGUGGAGCGCAAGAUAGGGAACGCCUUCUGCCCAGAGCGCCAGGUGGAGGGCAACCCAUGCAUCAAGUACAUUACCCUCAUCGUCCUGCCCUGGACCGGCAGCUUCAGCGUAGCUCCAAAAAGCGGCGGCAGCAGGGAGUACCUGGAUGCUGCUGAGUUGGAAGGGGAUUACUUGAGCGGCGCACUGCACCCCAGUGACAUGAAGCCGGCUCUGGCGGCUGCGCUGAAUGGAAUUUUGCAGCCUGUGCGCGACCACUUUGAGAAUGAUGCGGAGGCCAAGCAGCUACUGCGAGAUGUCCGCUCGUUUAAGAUCACGCGAUGAUGCAGAAUUAGUGAAAGUGGACACGCAUGUGUCUUCUGUAAAAUUUGCUGUUUUCUGAUAAUCCUGAAAGUGUUACGGUGUUAGGCGUCACGGUAUGUGUAACACGGUUUUGCAC